AACGUGCUCUUUCGCAAGGGUGUGUAUGUUUUGUUGGUAAUUGCGCGCCAUUCGCACCAGUUUUAGCUUCCCAAGAAAAAAGGGAGGAGAAAAAAAUAUACAGCGCGACUCGAUAUUGCUCCGGUGACCGAAACAAAUCGUUUUCAGUUUCCCAGCGUUUCAGCACGAGCGCGACAAUGUGACGCCGUGGACGUUUUGUUACACUUCGAAGGGGUUUCUGUGCCGUUGCUAUUGUUGCUAUUGGCUUUGGAUCACAAAAUACGAGCAUCUCCCGCACACUCUACCCCAGUGGUCACCCACGCAUACUUGGAAGGAACCGAACAUGCAACAAGCAUGUUUUCGGACGGCUCUGGUACGCCCUAGAUGGGAUACGGUAUAGGAAAUCAAAACGCACACACACACCCGUACACCCACGACGACGACGGUUUUAGUGCUCCCCUAGGCCGGCACUAGUUGGACGGAGCGCGCUAAUCUCACUGUUGGACGGCUGCUAGAGAAGCUGUACGUGUGCCUUUUUGUGGUGUUGUUGUCUAGCCAAAAAAAAACCAAGCAAAGAAGCACUCAACACUCAACGUCACCAAUCAAAGCAGUCCGGCAUUUUCCGGCAGCACCGCGUCCACAAUCAAUCGUGCUGAUAGUGUGGACAAUAGACACCAGCGCAACCGGAACACGAAGAUCGCCAUACAAAACCGUGCAUGUGUAGGUCGGCACGAACCGAAAUCACGGUCACGAUGGCAUCGAACGGUAGCGAUAUUCGUCGGACUGUCGCCGAAGCUGAUCGUGGCUGUACCAUCGUCUAGCUGCGAUAACCGUCCGGCUGCCCCUAUACUCUCUCAACUUUCUUGCUGGAAAGGACAAACACAGGACUCCUCUAUAACAAAAAAAAACGCACCCACACACACACACACGUUCCUGAGCAUAAGCAAAACACGCAUUAACGACGGACGCUCUCAGCUUAAGCGGACAAAAUGGAAGAAACAGAAACUCAUGCAGUAGUAUCGAGCGUUAAGAAUAGUGGCAGCAUGUCCAACCUUAGUGACAUAUCUGGCAACACCGCCAUACAGGUGUCUGGUGCCAGUUCACACGCAGGCCAUGCCCGACCACGCAUGGAUAUUGCGGUGGUGAUCGACUGCGAGAAGAGUGCGUUCCUGAGCCACCGUAAAGCGGCCCUGGAGGAGGUACGGCAGGCAUGCGCACAGGUCGGUGCCAACCUGCAGCUACUGCAGUUCGAAGUCCUUGACUACGGUGAUCUAAACACGCUCGAAUACUUCUACAACGCGGACGUGGUCGUGGUAGAUCUCAGCGUUCAGACGCAACAGAGUACCCUUUGCUAUCAGCUCGGUGUGCGGGAAAGUUUCGAGAUGAAUGAAAAUAUCGUCAUCUACAAUGACACGCAGAAUGAGGCAACGCUGCGGAUGAAGAUCUCCUGCGGCAACUAUCAGUUUAUCUCGUACCGGCUGCACGAGACCGGUAGCGUUAUCAUCACUAGUCCACUCAAAGCAUCCGCCGACGAACAGGCGGCACAAUCUCAACUACAGCAAACGCUGCAACAGCAACCAAUACAGCAACAGCAGCAACAGCAGCAGCAGCAGCAACAACACAUGACAACGCUAGUCGCUGCCCUUCGUCGACUGUUCCAAGACGUGGAGAUUCAAUCGAAGGCUCACCUGCGUGAAAAGUUCCUGGCGGAUUUACGCAGCUUGCGGGAUCAACAUGCGGGUAACGUGGAGGAACUGCAGCGGAUGUUACGCAACAUGCGCAAACGGUUGGACGAUCCGCACGUAUUGUCGAAGGAGAUCGUACAGACGUAUAUGCUUUCGUUGCGUGAUGUGCAGGACUACGACGCGAUGGUCCAGCUGGUGGACGAUCUGCAGACGAUACCGAAUAAGCAAAACUACAUCAACACCGGCCAUAUGCACUAUCUGUACGCGUUUGCGCUUAAUCGCCGGAACCACGAAGGUGACCGGGAGCGUGCGCUGCGUACCUGCACGAAGGCACUCGAAAAGAAGGAGAACCACUUCCCGGACAUGCUGUGCCUGUACGGGCGUAUUUACAAAGACAUCUUUGUCGAGUCGAACCACACGGACAACGAGAGCCUGAAGAAUGCGAUCAUCUGGUACCGGAAGUCGUUCGAGGUGCAGCCGAACGAGUUCGCCGGCAUCAAUCUCGCCACGUUGCUUGUGAUCGACGGGAAGGAUUUUACCGAUAACGAGCUGCAGCACAUCGGCAUGAAGCUGAACAAUCUCAUCGGCAAGAAGGGUUCGCUGUCGCAGAUCAAAGACUACUGGAACGUGGCAACGUUUUUCGAGAUUUCCGUACUGGCAGAAAACUAUGCCAAAGCGAUCCAGGCGGCAGAAUGUAUGUUUAAGCUGCGCCCACCGAAAUGGUACCUGAAGUCGACGAUCGGCAACAUCAUGCUGAUCGAUCGUGCACGCAAACGCACGGACGAGACGGCCAGCAUGAGCAUCGAGCAGCAGAUAUUUGAAUUUUGGAUGGAAUUUUUCCUCGAGGCAACUGCGCGGGAACCGUCGAGCAUGGUGCGGUUCCCGAUACUGAUCCUUGAGCCGCAGAAAAUCUACAUGCCGAGCUACGUGUCGAUACACAUGGACGCGGAACAGAAGUCGAUCGAUAUUACCAACAUAUGUCAGCAGCACACGAAAGGUACCUGCCUGAAGCUGCAUGACUUUAACUUUCUCGCGAGCCAAAUCAAAUCGGUCAGCCUGUACAAGCGGGACGAACGGUGCGCCUACCUGUACGUGCACCACAACUCGGAUGAUUUUCAGAUGUUUUUCCCAUCGGUCCAGUGUCGGCAGACGUUCUACGAUUUGAUACUGCAGAUGACGGCCGACCAAGGAUCGGGCUUUAUCGAUCUAUCGUCCGCCGAGACGACGGCCGACGAGCUUAAGUAUGAGUACGAAAUGGACGACGAAGGGCAACGUAUACUGCUCGGCAAGGGUACGUACGGUGCGGUAUACGCGGCCCGUGAUCUCACCACCCAGGUUAAGAUCGCGGUGAAGGAGGUGUACGAACGGAACACGCACGAUGUACAGCCGCUGCACGAAGAGAUCAAGCUACAUUCGCAACUGCGUCAUCGCAACAUCGUACAGUACUGGGGUUCCAAGUCGGAAAACCAGUACUUCAAAAUCUUCAUGGAGCAAGUGCCGGGCGGUUCGCUGUCCGCGCUGCUCAGCUCCAAAUGGGGUCCGCUCAAGGAUAACGAAACGACGAUCGCAUUUUACUCGCGCCAAAUACUGGAAGGGCUCAAGUAUCUGCACGACCAGAAGAUUGUGCACCGCGACAUCAAGGGUGGCAAUGUGCUGGUCAACACGUACAGUGGUGUGGUGAAGAUAUCUGACUUUGGUACCUCGAAACGGUUGGCCGGCAUUAAUCCGGCAACGGAAACGUUCACCGGUACGCUGCAAUACAUGGCACCGGAGGUUAUCGAUCAGGGUGUGCGUGGGUACGGACCGGCCGCCGACAUUUGGUCGUUCGGCUGUACGGUCGUGGAGAUGGCCACCGGGAAACCACCGUUCGUUGAGCUCGGUUGCCCGCAGGCGGCCAUGUUUAAGGUCGGUUUCUAUAAAACCCAUCCCAACAUCCCGGAGGAACUGUCGACGGUGUCGAAAAAUUUCAUCCUACGCUGCUUCGAGGUGAACGUGGACAAACGUGCUACCGCUGCCGAACUGCUUGAGGAUCCGUUCCUCUGCGAAAAGCACAAAAAGAUGCGCCCAUCCUUUAGCAGCAGCAGUACGAUCAGUGGGCUACCUCAUCCUGCGGCUGGAUGUGAAUUUUCCCGCAGCGUAAGCAUGCCAGCCGAUCGGCAUAAUGCGAAAACGCUUACCUCGCAGCAAAGCUCCGCCAGCUGUAACACACCCACCUUCAGUUCCGAAACAGAGGCCUCUUCGAUCCCGCCACUGAAUUCUUCGAUCGGCAUCCAUACGGCUAGUCGGUCGAUGACGGAGAGGAAAAACAAACAUUCGUUCCAGCUAACACCAAUCAAGAUGCCCAAAAUGCCGAACAGUGUGAGCAGCAUCGGAAACAUUGCGGAAACUCCAUCGCUGGAAAUGGAUCCCGCCGAACAGACAUCCACGGUGUUUCAGCUCAAUCGGCGUAGUUCCUCUGGAGGGUUACUAUCACCGGAGAUCGAUAUAACGACGGCCACCGCUAGCAAAUUACCCCUAGCUGGUGAAGCGAAUGAAAGUGAUGGAUUCUAUCUGCUGAAGAAGGACUCUCAGCGGCGCCAAACACUGGACAAGGUGCUCUGCCAUGACGUGAAAAAGAUCUGUGAGCUGUGGCUGACGAAGAUCGAGCCGGACGCAAAUCAGGAACUCGCCAUUACCCGUGACCAUCUGGAAAUGUUGCUGAACGGUCUGCGGAAGUAUAUCGCGGAACAGCGCACCGACACACUCGAGCAGGCGAUCGCCCAGCUGAAGGAGCAGCCCAACUUUAACUCGACCGCGAUCGUGCAGCUGCAUUUAGCGCUGUACGCUUUCCAGAACACGGUCAUCACGGUGCUGCGGUCGCACAACAUCAAACCGCACUGGAUGUUUGCGCUGGAAAAUCUAGUCAAGAGUGCCGUCCAUGCAGGCAUCACGAUCCUGUCACCGAAGCUCGGUGCCAAUCUGGCCGGUAACGCACCAAACGAUGAUGAGUAUGAUGAGGAAAACAAUGACAUUACCGCACCGGUUGUCCGUACGGUGCUUGUGAAUGGACGCCCGCAAGGACCGGGGCACCAUGGACGCGAUGAGCGCGAUGGUAUGAUCGGUGUCGGGUACGAUUGCGACUACGAUGUGUACGAUCUGCCCGAGGGUGAGGAAGAACCGAUCGACGAGCUGGAGGAACAGCUGACGGCUACGACGACAACGUCCGGUCACGGUACCGGUUAUUCGGUGCGUUCCAACAAACCGCGCGCCAGAAGCCACGGUGCGGAUACCGCUACCGGCACACCGCUGCAAAAGAAAACGCGCUGGAAAACGCUAUGCGAACAGGUGGAAGCACUGCGGGCGGAAAAUCAAAGACUGAAGGAGUACCUGCUGGAAUCUCAACAAUCGUACCAGAGCGCGUUCCGGGCCGUGCUGGAGAGUGGCGCCUUUGCCCGCUGUCUCACCGAUCAGCUGGUCGCGCUGAUGGAGCGCUGUCUGCACGAACACAGCACACCCGAUCUGGGCGAUGGUGAGGACGGUACCAGGCGUCGGUCCCAGCUCUGGAACCGUGUGCCCCCAGGUGUGAACAGUGUGCAGCAGCAGAAAGCAACGCUGAAUAUUGCGCCCGAGGUGAAUGAAGAUGAUGAUGAGACGGUUGGUGAUCGGCGGCUAGCGGAAUGGUUGCAAACGCAGGGUAUUAAGUGUGUCGAGAGUCAACAGCGGAUAUUGCGCGAAGGUUUUCUGUACGAUGAUUUCCUGUACGAACUGGAACGUAACGAUCUGCGCCGGUUGGGCUUAAAGAUUGGUGAAGAGCUACGCAUUUGGAACGCGUUGAAGAAGCACCGCAGGCUUUAUCCACCGAGUAAACGCACACACUCCACCGACGAUACGGAUGGUGUUGACCAUUGGCAUCACAACAACUGUUUGAAUGAUGAUCACAUCGCUGGUAUCGAUACGCGAUAGGUUCGCUGUCUUUCGCUUCAAGUGUCCUUUAACUCUGUCGAACCGUUAACAGAUAGAGAAAGAGCGAGAGAGAGAGAGAGAGAGAGAGAGAGAGAGCGAGAAAGGGAAGCGAGAAAAGAAAUAGAUACACCACAAUAUUUAAUGCAAAACCUGUGAUGGGGAUAAAUAGACUGCUCAAAAACAGCAAAGCAAUAUGCUUUACAAACCUGCCCCAAAAACGCGUUCCGCACUAGGGGGGUAGAAAUGGCAGCUGAAAACAAAAGAUUUGCCAUAAAGCGACCAAGUCGCUAAAGGUUUGUAAAACCCGAUCCAGUGUCCUUAUUAUGCACAAAUUCUGCUUUUACAAAGUCUUUACAACAACAACAAAAAACAAACUUGUUUAAACAGAGCGGAAAUGAAACCACACAGUAGCAUUAUGACAAUAGCUAUAGCUUUUAAGGGAUGCAAAGGCAGCUGCAGGUAUCGCAAAGGUUCGCGAUAAUCUUCGUCGUGUCGCGCGUUUCGUACAACAGAUUUGUAAAUAACAUUUAUGUAAUAAUAAACGCAAGUGACAGAACGCUUUCUUUAUUAA